GCCCGAGCUUUCUGUAUGGGCAUUUGUUGUUUGCAGAGCAAUGCAGCAGAUAAAUGCUCACUUUAGCUGCUACCAGGAACAGCUGCCUGAUUGGAUCUUUCUACUGCCCUAGCUCUAUUUAUUAGGAUCCUGCUGUUGCCACAGCUUGACUUUUUUCCUUUGAUGGUCUCUUUUUACCUCCCCCACCUCGAAAUUCUCCUCAUGAUUUAACAUUCAUUGCAAGAUAUUUGUUUGCAACACAUCUCCUGGACUCAGCGCAGACCCUGAGCUCUCUGCUUGAUGUGUCUUUUGCUUCCAUAGCCACUGGGGCUUCUCCCUUUUUUCUCCCCCUUAUCCUCCACAUGUGGAUUUCUACCCAUUCAUGCAGUCAUCAGCUCCUAACAGAUAAUGAUUUGCUAGCAUUUCCCAAUCUAUUGGCUUUCCUGGCACCAGGUAUCCUGCAUGGAUGGGGUUUAGCCUUCUGCUGCCCUGUAGACUCCAAGAGGGUAGCCACAGUGCCCAGUGGUAGUUUUGUACCAGAAUGGAGAUAUCUGGCACAAGCAGCAAGUAAAGAUGAGCUGUCUUGGGAUUUUCAUCCCCAAGAAGCAUCGGCAGCGUUUUGACGAGGUUGUGUCUCAAAGUCUCAUCAGCAAGCUCUGCCGGACCAAAAGGGAGCAACAAACACACCGGCUCCGCCGUAGCCGCAGUGAAGACCACCCUGAGCGCCUGAUGGUGUCUACACGGGCCAGCUCAGUGCCCCGAGGUCCAGAAGAAUUGGGGAAGGGAUUGAGGAAAACCACCUCGCUUAUUGCCAGCCGAGUAGGCUCAGGUGCUGCCCGCAGGACUGUUCGAGUGUACAAAGGCAACAAAAGUUUUGGCUUCACACUUCGUGGUCAUGCCCCAGUAUGGAUAGAGUCUGUCCUGCCUGGGAGCCCAGCUGAAAAUGCUUCUCUCAAGCCUGGGGACCGCAUUUUAUUCCUUAAUGGAUUGGAUAUGAGGAACUGCUCCCAUGACAAGGUAGUGUCCAUGUUGCAGGGCAGUGGGGCAAUGCCAACUCUUGUGGUAGAAGAAGGAUUGGUCCCAUUCCCCAGUGACUCAGAUUCUCUGGAUUCUCCCAAUCCCUCCUCAGCACUGACUUCUCUGCAGUGGGUGGCAGAGAUCUUGCCUGGAAGCAUCCGAAUCCAGGGCAAGACAUUCAGCCAACAGUUGGAACACUUGCUGACACCUUCGGAGCGCUACACCAUCUGCAGAGCCCUCGAAUGCUUCUUCCAACACAGGAACAUCGAUACUCUCAUUGUGGAUAUCUAUCCUGUGCUAGACACUCCAGCCAAACACAUCCUGUGGCAGUUCAUCUACCAACUGCUGACCUAUGAGGAGCAGGAACACUGCCAGCAGAAGAUUGCUCGGUUUCUGGGCUAUAAAUCUAUGACGGCUGCAUCAGAGAGUGAGACGGAGGAGAGGCCUCAGAGCUCCUUGAGAAUGGCCUCCAUAUGCCGAAGCAGCAUGAGGAAUCAGGGUUCAGAGGGUGCCAGCAGUGGAGUAGGUCUCAGUGAAACUGUGGAAAUCCCUAUCCCUGUGACCCCUGGAGAGCGCCAGGCUGGGGAUGGCACAUCCCUUCCAGAAACCCCAAACCCUAAAAUGCAGAUGUCAGCUGUUUAUGCAGAGCUAGAAACCCGGUUGAGCAGUAGCUUCAAAGGAAAAAUGGGAAGUAUAUCUAAACCCAGAGCUUCUCCCCCAGUGGUUGAACCACCAAGUGUCCCAGGGGCCCGGAAGUCUGGGCCAAGCAUCUCAUGGCCGAAUGACCCUCUCCCACCCCAGCCCUGCUAUUACCAUCCGUGCCCUGGGAGCCUCCCCUCCCCAAGCAGCACAGAAUCUCAUCCCUACGUCAGCUUGGACAGCAGCCCAGCUCCUUCGCCCCAGCUCACAGCCAUGGCCAGCAGUCCCAGCCCCCCAACCUGCAGGAAAAAACUCUUCACUUUCUCAAGACCACCACGGAAUCGGGACACAGACCGCUUUUUGGAUGCUCUCAGUGCGCAGCUGGGUGCCAGGGUGACCAUGGUGGAUGACUUUCUCACCCCUGAGAAUGACUAUGAAGAGAUGAGUUUCCUUGACGACCAGGGCAGCUAUGUGACCAAUGAUCUGAGCAGUGUCAGCGAGUAUGUCAGUAGCAGUGAGGAGGGCAGCUCACUGACGUAUUCUUCUAUCUCUGACCACAUCCCCCCACCUCCCCUCAGUCCACCUCCUCCACCUCCACUCCAAUUCCAUGAUCCCAAACCAGGUCCCCGCAACCUGGACGGCCCUCUUAACACCACCACACUGGCCAAGCCUCUUGGGGCCCACUCCCACCAAGUCCCUCCCCCUCCUCCACCACCUCUUCCCCCACCAGUCCCCUGUGCUCCCCCACUGCUCCAUCGAGGCCUUGGACAUCGCCGCAGUGAAUCAAAUCACAUGAGUGUCAAACGUCUUCGGUGGGAGCAGGUGGAGAACUCAGAAGGCACUAUAUGGGGCCAGCUUGGGGAAGAUUCAGAUUAUGACAAAUUGAAUGACAUGGUGAAAUACUUAGACCUGGAACUCCACUUUGGGACCCAGAAACCAGCAAUUUCUCUUCCAGAGCCAACACUUGCACCUGAGCCCUUUAAAAAGAAAGAUGUGGUCGAGAUUUUGUCUCAUAAGAAGGCCUAUAAUACAUCUAUCCUCAUUGCUCACCUGAAGCUGUCUCCACCUGAGCUCCGUCAGAUCCUCAUGAACAUGGAGAGCGAGAGGCUGGAGCCAUCCCACCUCAAGCAGCUCCUCUUGUACGCCCCCGAUGCUGAGGAAGAGAAGCGCUAUCAGGGCUAUCGGGACACCCCCAGCCAGCUGAGUGAACCGGACCAGUUUGUGCUGCAGAUGCUGUCCGUUCCAGAAUAUAAAACCCGGCUACGCAGCCUCCACUUCAAGACUACCCUGCAGGAGAAGACUGAGGAGAUCAAAGGGAGCUAUGAGUGUGUGCACCAAGCCUCCUUGGAGCUUAAGAAUAGCAAGAAGCUUGCCAAGAUCUUAGAGUUUGUACUUGCAAUGGGCAACUAUCUCAACAAUGGACAGCCGAAGACCAACAAGACCACAGGUUUCAAAAUCAACUUCUUAACUGAGCUGAAUUCAACAAAAACUGUUGAUGGGAAAUCCACCUUCCUACACAUUCUUGCCAAAUCACUGAGCCAACACUUCCCUGAACUCCUGGGAUUUGCCAAGGACCUUCCCACUGUGCCCCUUGCUGCCAAAGUGAACCAGAGGAUGUUAACGACCGACCUUACUGACCUGCACAUCACCAUCAGUGAGAUCCAAACGGCUUGCCAGAAAAUGCCUGCCACUAGUGAUGACAAGUUUGCUGUAGUCAUGACUUCCUUCCUGGAGAUGGCCCAGCCUGCUGUGAGGGCUCUUGAUACCCUUCAGCAUAAGGCAAUGGAGGAGUUUAGCAGGGUGCUAUCAUUUUUUGGUGAAGACUCCAAAGUCACCACAUCUGAGGCAUUUUUUGGCAUCUUUGCAGAAUUUAUGAGCAAAUUUGAGCGUGCAUUCAGUGAUGUGCAGGUCUGUGAGAGCCAGCGCAGCUCAGGAAUGGCCUCCCCCCUGGCCUGGUAGUCGCCGCGGGAGCUCCUGACCACUCCCCCUGUUUGCCAACAGAAUGCAGCCCAUGUUUCUUCCACAGACUGGCCGCACUGCUGCUGUGGUCUAUCUGCCUGGCUCAGGGAAAAGGCCUCCCCCCAGGAGUGGUUAUUGUGGUCUUUGUGAAGGUAAACGUGGGCCCGGGUGGCCCUGCGCCUGAAGUGGACCGGGCAGAUCCCACGCCGCCCACAGAAGCACCUGUGUUUGACUGGACAUCCUCUGCCUUCCUAGCAAGGACUGCAGGCCUCUUUCAGCAGGUCUCUCCUCCCUCCUGCUCCCCAGCUCCUUCACAGGCUGCAUGCUGUUCCAUUUCCCAGCACUACCCGUGGGAGAGCAUUUGGAUUGCUAUGUGUCUCUCAUGUCUUAGCUUCUCAAAAGCCUUCCCUUGUGGAUGUAACUUUGCUCCUUCCCAGGCAACUCUUCAUCUCCUGUGGCUCAGAGUUUAGAAGAGAUAAAUCUGUCUAUCUGUCUGUCUGUCUGUCUAGCUACCUGCUUCUUUUUGCUCUCCCCAAGAGAAUAUGGUUUGGAGAGAACAAAGCGAGCUGCCAUCCCUUUGGCUUUUAGCAGGCAUAGAUUUCUCACCUUUUGCUGGUGGAGUAUCCUGAAAACCUAGGCAAAGGACCCCACUGGCUGAAACAGUGAACAUGCCCUGCCUGGGAUUCCUCUGUCGCUGGCCCCAAAGGUCUGCCAAGCCAAAGCAAGCCCUUUGCCCAAUUCUUCCCGAUAGAUCUGUGGCUUCAGCUACCUCAGACCAGGCCUGCUCUGCAAUGUCCCGGCUGUGUCUGCCAUCACAGUGUUGUGUUGUUCCCUGUGGAAUUCCUCUGGUCCUAGAUCUUCCUUUCCCAUAUCUUCUGAGACCAGGGGCUUGUAGACACCCAAAGUUUUCUUUGUCCAGUUUGCAUGGGAUGGGGAGAAGGCGGGGGAAGAACAUCUUAGACCUCUUUCCAGGCUGAACGCCACGUCUUCCUCUCUUAGCAUCCCCAUUUAUCGCUGACUCGGAGGGCUUUUCCCAUCAGUAGGUUCUCAUACAGAAGGAGGGAUUAGACUUGUUUGACUUGUCCCCAGAAGAUAGGACUAGGAUCUAGUAGGUGAAAAUUAGAGGUCAGCACAUUCUUGCUCAGUACAAGAAGAGCUCCAAACAAUUGGAAUAGACUCAACAAUGGUGUAGACACCUACUGCAGCCUUUUAUGCAGAGUGUGGAGGAUGAUUUCCCAGAGUUGUCAUCGAUGGUGUUUGUGUUUCAUGUAGAGGGAUUAGCUGGGAGGACAUCUGAAAUCUCUUCCAAUACUAAGAGUCUUUGAUCAGUCUAGUAGGGAAGGCUGGUCCUAAAUUACAAUCAUCGCUGAUCUGACCAAAAGGCCCCAUGCCAGUUUCUGCUAAAGAAGUCUUACAAACAACCAUAAACUCAUUUGCUCAGGCAAACUGAGGACCCAUUUACUCAUUUCUUCUUAAAUCCUCACUCAAUUAGUAAACCUCAUUUUUCUUUGCUUGCUUUCUGUGGAGAGAGAAGAGUCCACUUUGGGGUAGAAAUAGAGAUCCAAGAUAAUGUCUUUAAUGCCACAAAGACAAAAUGUCUUUGGAAUCAGAGGACCAUUUUGAAUGCUGGAUGUGAUACUUACUCUAAUCUUUGGUAAGUCACUUGAUCUCUUUGGGCCUCAGUUUCCCAAGUUGUAAAAUGAAACCAGAUGGCCUAUAAAUCCAUGAUUCUAUCUCUAAAUCCAUGAUUGUUGGCAUGUUAGUUCUACAGAAAUACUUAUGAUAGUCUGAUCCAAAUUUUGUUUUCUACUCUUCUCUAUAGAAAGCAUAAAUUUUAGUUUCUGUAAUUAAGUGCCAGUUUUCUCCUGCUUUGUACUGAAUGGUUUUCAAACUCCUCUGCCCUUGGUUUUCUUGGAGUCUGGGAAUCAAAGGAUACACAGAUACUUGCCAUGAAACUACCACGUCAGGUAGCCCAAUCUUGUUUUGAUGUAUGUCAGUCACACAUGGAGAGAACAGAGUGUACUUGGCAGUAACCACACCCAUGGAGAGGGCUGGGCACAGACGCAGUUCUUUAUUGUAACAUAAUUGAAGAGGAAGAUGGGCAGUUUCUUUGGAUUUUUAAUAGAUAAUGUUUUGAUUUGAAACUUUCAAAAAAACCCUGACUUCUAAGCUGGGGUUUAAUUAGUGGUGUGUAGUCCCCACCUGUGUCCCUACUUGUGUCCCCACCCUUUCCCAAUCUCCCUUCUUCUUUCUCUCCAUUUCCCAGACUCACGUGUUGUUCUUCCCCAAUAAAGUUACCGGCUUUCGCCUA